AUGGGCAGACUUCACAGCAAAGGAAAGGGCAUUUCCGCCUCCGCGCUUCCCUACUCGCGCGCUGCGCCCGCGUGGCUGAAGACGACCCCCGAGCAGGUCGUUGAGCAGAUCGCCAAGCUUGCCCGAAAGGGCGCCACCCCUUCGCAGAUUGGUGUUAUCCUGCGAGACUCGCACGGUAUUGCUCAGGUCAAGAUCGUCACCGGCAACCGAAUCCUGCGAAUCCUGAAGUCGGCUGGCCUUGCCCCCGAGCUCCCUGAGGACCUCUACAUGUUGAUCAAGAAGGCCGUUGCCGUCCGCAAGCACCUUGAGCGCAACCGCAAGGACAAGGACUCCAAGUUCCGUCUCAUUCUCAUCGAGUCGCGAAUCCACCGUCUUGCCCGCUACUACAAGACCGUCGGUGUCCUGCCCCCCACCUGGAAGUACGAGUCCGCCACCGCCAGCACCAUUGUCGCAUAA